AUGCUGUCCCGCUACUCUGCUGCGGGCGCCGCCCACCAACGAGACAUGCGGACACAGCUUUUCGCUCCCGGGGCCACCCUGUCCAAGACGCCGCUGAGGACGCUGAGCCCCUACGAGGCGGUGCCCCAGGAGCUGGCCAAGCACCACGAACUGUACUUGGCGCUGCUUGAAGCCGGCAACAACGACGAGAUGGACGUCAUGGGCGAGAAAGUCAACAUGCUCAAGAACUUGGGGUUGCGCAUGGGCACCGAGAUCAACAAGCUGAUCAAGCUCAACGACGAGAUCACCAACUCGUUCGAGCAGGGGAAGGUGACGUUGAAGAACACCUACAACAAGAUGGUAAUUAUGAGUCAGCGGGCCGGCAUUACUUGGCGGAUGUGGGCCACGGUGUUUGCCAUCGUGGUGUUCUUCUUCCUCUACGUGUGGAUCAAGUAA